CAGGACCGGUCCCGGGGAGGCAGGACCGGGAGGCAGGACCGGUCCCGGGGGCAGGACCGGCCCGCCCCGGCCGGGCUGCGGGGCCCGGAGGGAAGCGCCCGCCGAGCGGCAGCAACUUUCGCCGCCCGGAGCGAGUCUCCCGGCCCCGGUCCCGGCCCGGCCGCGGGGCGCACCGAGAGAGGCGCCCGGCGCGGUGCCCCGGUGCCCCCGGUGCCCCCGGUGCCCGGUGCGGCCCCGCCAUGCCCGGCCGUUACCCGCAGCGGGCCCUCACGGUGCUGCUGCUCUUCGGCACGCUGGCCGCCGCCAUGGCCCUGCUCGCCUCCAGCCUCAUCUUCCAGCUGCCGGCGGGCCGGGCCGGCCCCGGUACCGGCCCCGGUCCCGGGAGCGGGGCGCUGCCGCCGCCGGCCGCCGCCGUGCUGCUGCCGGUCUCGGCCGUGCUGGCCGCGCUCUGCCUGGUGCUCAACGUGAGCUGCCUCCUGCUCUGCCUCCUCCACGGCUACUUCAGCACCGAGCUGUGCCGGGGGCAGCCCGGGCCCGAGCGAGCGGACUGGUUCCUCCUGGACAGCCGGACAGUUCGCCACGCCGCCAUCGGCUUGUUCUGCUGCGGGGUCUCCGUCUACCUAACAGCUCUCGCCAUCUACAUGCUGCUGCUGUUCGAACUCGAAGCUGGCAUCGCCAGCGCCUGUAUUCUCUCUUCUGGCGUCGUCGUGCUGCUGAUCACGGUGACGCACGCCCUGGUACGGGCCUCCCAAGCCUCGCGUCGCAGCCGCUCCCAGGUCUCUCACACCCUCUACGAGAACGACUCUGCCCAACGUGGCGAAGCCUCCGCCAGCGAUCCGAACAACAAGAACGUGGCUGCAUCCCGGCCCCGGCCCGAGAUCCACCGGGAAUUUUCCUUCCCACCUUUCCUGGAGCGCAAAUCCCAGAUGGACUCUGCGGCCAGCAGCAACCUGACCUCCUCGGGGAGCCCCGGGCCUCACUCCGAGAAGGAGAGCUACAACCUGCCCCGAACGCACAGGACGCUGUCGGCCGAGUCCGGCCUGCUGCAGGCACAGGGCAAGCCCUGGCACGGCGUCACCCAGGAGAUGAGGAACGUACUGUCACGGAAACCCGGAGCCUCGGGGAAGGAUUCAACUCUGGUGUGAGUGAAAGCGGGACCAUUUUGCCCUGCUCAUCGCAGGGCAGCUGUAGGCAGCAGGGCCAAGAUCUGCAUUUCUAUUUAGAGCUUAACAUAGGUCACGUCAGAACGCACAUGUCGAGGAGCCUCAUCAGACGGGGCGGGUGGCUGCUUUUCCACCCUCCGCCCUCCCGCGUGGAGGAAGACUUUGGUUCUCUCCCCAGCCUGGCUACAUUAACCUGCCCACUGAGCUCGGAGAGUGGGCAGAGCCGUGGAGGACGAGCCCGUGCAGCCAUGGCCUGAUGUUCUUCACUUCCUUACUGAGAAGAUGCAACCUCCCCUGAAACCACAGAGUGCUUGAUCACCUGUCCUGAGCCCCCAGCUCCUCCUGCCAGAAAGCGCAAGUGCUAAAGGCAGCGCUUGCUUUGUGAAACACGAGCAGGGUUAACUCCUUCUGCAGCCCUGCUCUGAUGUGACAUUUCACUGGUGACUCACAACCCCAGUCAGGCAACAGUUUCUGGUCAUUCGGCAAUCAGUAAAGCAUUUCAGGGAGCAAAUGGAGGUCUUCUCUCCAUUUUCCUCCACAGCCCAAGGAAAAUGCAUCCUUAUUAAAUUCUUCAGCAGAGCAGAGCUGUUGGCUCCAAGGGAAGGUUAACAUGGAAGUUACAUCCCUUUUAAAGUGAUCUCCAAAGCUAUGUGUACGGCUCUGCUCCCCACUGUUUGACAGGGGAUGAAGAAAGUCCAAUCUUUUUUUUUGAAGAGCAGGACAAUUUCUUUUUCUCUUGAAAAGCUCUAAAUCUGCAUGUCUUUGUUUCACUCCCGGCCCUUUGAAACACACACAGGCAGCAGGCUCCAAGACCCCCCCAGCCCGAGCGAGCGAGAGGGGAAAGCUUUAGACGGGACUUUCUUGUUUUUUCUUUUUAUUAUUGUUCUCACUAAAACCAAACUCAGCAACUCUCUGGCAAACACAUGAAAAACUCUCCUUGCAGAAUGCCUCCUGAACAAGGCUGAAGUGUGCCUACUUCAAGUCUUUUUACAUAGUCCUCAACAAAAUACUGAAAGCAAGACCUAGUUUUUCUGAGAUGUUUCUGUAACCAAGAGGUAGACAGAAAAAUGCCUCAUAGCAGUCUGCCAUGAAAAAAAGAAGAGGGCAGGACAAAUGCAGAACAAUCUCAUCUCCCUUUUGCAAAGUGCUCUAGAGAGGGACACAACUGCUCCCUGAAACAUCCCCAAAGGCAGGCCUGACCUCAGCAGCAGGAUUUGCCUGCUCAGGUACAGCACCUUGGCAUCGGAAACGGAGAGGCAGGCAGAGGCAUCUGUGCAGUUUCACAGAUUGAGCAGGUUUCUCCCUCCUCCAGGCGGUCGGAGAACGUGGAGCUGGGCUGAGGACAAGGCAGAGCAUGGCCAGUCUUGGCUGAAAUCAGGAACUGGCUGGAGGAGUCUUGGCUUGUUGGGCAACAGCACUGUAAAAAGAAAGAGACAGUCACGUCCGGCAGGCAGGAAGGACACCAGCAGCCGUGGUAACGUGAAGAACCAGGGGCUCCCUCAAAUAAAACCUCACUGCUUGCAGCACGAGAGCAGCUUAGACAAGCGCAGCUUAUGGACAGCCACGGGCGUGCAGACUGCAAAGCAGCAUACGCCGGCCUCCGGGGUGUCGAGACAGCAGUCUUCACAGCCACACCGCACGCAAACACAACAGGAAUUCCCUGCUGGGCUGAACCGAGUGUGACCCUGCCACACGAGGGAUUCGGAAAAUAUGGAACCUCUACCAUGAAUGUCUAAAACAGAGUCAUUCUGCAGAGACGGAGGCACCCUGUUUGCUGUGGUGCUUUUUCAGGGAUGGACAUUCAAAACUGUUAGCAGGGAGCACGGGCAUUUCGAAGUUUCUCACUCCCACACAGUCAGGCUCCAGUACCAGGAAAGCUCUCAGGAGAGACAAAUACACUAGACUCAGACCAUCUGCUAGAAGAUGUUUUAGUAGCUGUAGCUCAACUGCAGACAUAUGAAAAUGCAUCAUCUUUCUGCUACAUCUGUCAGCACCACUUCUCUCUCCAGAUCUUUCUGGGACUCUCCCCACAGAGAGCCACAUACACGACAGAACAGCACCAAAUGCAGCCUGUCCUGCUCCAUCUCAGUGGCAUCACCACACUCCAAAUGACACGGCAAACAUCUAAUGUAUUACAAAAACAAACAUCCCUUUUUAAACAAGGAAAUAAAUUAUUUUGCAGUUA